AUGACAAGAAACAUCAUGUCCUCUUCUCUGAUCUUCAAGCUCGCGCUUGUCCUCGUCCUCGGCCUUGUCUCUAGUCUGCUCGCUUCUGGCUUCGAUUCUGAAAAUGUUGAUCGAAAGAUUUAUAUUGUAUACAUGGGGAAUAAACCACAGGAUACAGCUUCUACUCCUUCCCAUCAUAUGAGGAUGUUGCGAGAAGUCACUGGGAGCAAUUUCGCCCCAGAAUCCCUACUCCACAGCUACAAGAGAAGUUUCAAUGGAUUCGUGGUGAAGCUCACCGAAGAAGAAGCUCAUAGGAUUUCCGCAAAGGAGGGCGUUGUGUCAGUGUUUCCAAGUGGAAAGAAGCAUCUUCAUACAACACGAUCAUGGGAUUUCCUUGGUUUUACAAAGGAUGUUCCUCGUGUAAAUCAAGUUGAAAGUGACAUAGUGGUCGGAGUUUUGGACUCAGGAAUAUGGCCAGAAAAUCCAAGCUUCAGUGACGUUGGUUAUGGUCCUAUACCUGCUAAAUGGAAGGGCACUUGCCAAACUUCUGCCAAUUUUACCUGCAACAAAAAAAUCAUUGGAGCUCGAGCAUAUCGUAGCGACAACGUGUUUCCUACGGCAGACAUUCCAAGUCCUAGAGAUUCAAACGGCCACGGGACGCACACUGCAUCGACCGUAGCUGGCGGUCUAGUGAGCCAAGCAAGUUUGUAUGGUCUUGCACUUGGCACAGCCAGAGGAGGGGUUCCCUCAGCUCGUAUUGCUGUCUACAAGAUAUGUUGGUCUGAUGGGUGCAGUGACGCUGACAUUCUUGCAGCGUUUGAUGAUGCAAUCGCUGACGGUGUUGAUAUUAUUUCUCUUUCGGUUGGGGGAAGCGAAGCACGGUAUUACUUCAACGACUCAAUCGCCAUUGGAGCUUUCCACUCGAUGAAGCAUGGAAUAUUGACCUCCAACUCUGCUGGAAAUGACGGCCCUGACUACUUCACCAUUAGAAAUUUCUCUCCAUGGUCUCUCUCUGUUGCUGCAAGCACUACAGAUAGGAAGUUGGUGUCAAGAGUGGAGAUUGGCAAUACGAAUGUUUAUCAGGGAUAUACAAUCAACACAUUUGAUCCUUUGGGAAAACAAUAUCCUCUAAUCUAUGCUGGAGAUGCUCCCAAUAUCGAUGGAGGUUUUACUGGUUCCAUCUCCAGAUUCUGCUCUGAAGGCUCAGUUGAUGCCAAUCUUGUUAGUGGAAAAAUCCUUCUUUGUGACUCCAUAGUGGCCCCUUCGGCGUUCGUUUAUUUUAGUGAAGCAGUCGGCGUAGUAAUGAAUGAUGAUGGCGUGAAGUAUCCUUCAAAUUCCUAUCCCUUGCCUUCUUCCUACCUCCAGACGGUGGAUGGUGACGCCAUUAAAACCUACAUGGCUUCAAACGGAGUUCCGACCGCAACAAUUUUUAAGAGUGAUGCAGUGAAUGAUAGUUAUGCUCCUUUCGUAGUUUCGUUUUCCUCUAGGGGACCUAAUCCCGAAACGUUGGACAUUCUCAAGCCGGAUUUGACGGCUCCAGGAGCUGAAAUUCUGGCGGCAUGGUCUCCUAUUGGACCGGUCUCAAGCGGAGUAAUAGAUUCGAGGACAACAAUGUAUAAUAUAAUCUCAGGAACAUCAAUGUCUUGCCCACAUGCCACUGCAGCUGCUGUGUACGUUAAAACAUUCCAUCCCACUUGGUCUCCCGCCGCGAUCAAGUCAGCUCUCAUGACUACAGCUACACCAUUGAAACCUGAUAUCAAUGUAGAAGCAGAAUUCGCAUAUGGUGCAGGCCAAAUCAACCCAUUAAAGGCAAUAAAUCCAGGGUUGGUCUAUGAUGCCAAUGAAUCUGACUACGUGAAAUUCUUGUGUGGCCAAGGUUACACCUCCGCCAUGGUCCAAAGUCUCUCCAAUGACAAUACUCUUUGUAAUUCAGCCAACAUUGGUAGAGUAUGGGAUUUAAACUAUCCUUCUUUUGCACUUUCUUCCACCCCUUCACAAUCCAUCAACCAAUUCUUCACAAGAACUCUAACAAGUGUUGAUUCAAAUGCAUCAACAUAUACAUCUACGAUUCUUGGCGCACCACAAGGCCUCACAAUCACAGUGAACCCUAAGGUUUUGUCAUUCAGUGGCAUGGGAGAAAAGAACACAUUUACGUUAACAAUUCAAGGAAGUAUUGAUCCUACAAGUAUAGUAUCUGCUUCGUUGGUGUGGAGUGACAGUUCUCACGAUGUGAGAAGCCCUAUUACAAUAUAUGUUGUCUCUUAAGUUUGGUUUGGUUUGUGUCGGUGCGUUUUUUCUUCUUUUAAUUUUAAGUUGGACUUGUAUGUUAAUAAAUUUGUUGGCUCUGCCUGUGUGGCGCAAAAUGUCAAAUUAUACAAUUGUUAUUAAUAUGUCAGCUACAAUAUCUUGUAAUAUAAGAAAACCCACAGCUACCUUUUCUCGCACAAA